UUUUAUAGAUCAGAAGGGAUUAGCUUAACAAGCUACAUACCUAAAACACGAAGAAAACAAAUGAAAACAUCGUACACGAGCCAAGAUAUUUUCUAACUCCGCCUUGCACAAAAUAGCUCACCCAUCACUAGAACUACCCCCAUCAUAAGGAUUUUGCCGCGUAAAGUUUUGCCGCAAAGAUGAGAAAAGUUAGUCUUUUUUCCAUCAAAGAAGACGAUUUCAAACCGCCAAAGUCCAUCCUCAAACCUCUCAGCAAACCAAAACAAAAAGAACCGGAGCCCACAYCAGAAGAAAGCAAUGAAAAUACAAGUACACCUCCAACGUUUUACGGUAUAGUCGCCGCUACAAAAUUCUCAAAAGACAUCAAAGGCAAGUCUAAGGAUUUAAUGGUGCAACGAAGGAAGCGUGGGGAUUGGGGAGAAUUUGAGCUUGCGCACGUGUGGUCGCCMGAAGAAUUGAACGACGAUAGUCGAUCUGUUAGCCCAAGUAGUCGUAUGGAAAGAGAACAGACAAGUGCGAGCGACUUUUUUGUUAAUAUGGCCAGACCUUAUGUUAUGAAACCCGUCAAAUCMUUUCAGGAAUUCAAGGUUAGAGCAAUCAUCAAAGAGGUUUUGGAAGAAAACCUCGAAAAUCAAACCUAUGAGCCAAAUCUAWGUAAAGACUUGGCAGUCGUUUUAUCCAAUCAGCUCAAAGAUCGAGUUAAAAGAUUGKGUUAUCCGCGUUACAAAUAUAUAUGUCACGCAAUCAUCGGGGAAAUUAAUAAUCAAGAUGUGAGGUUUGUGAGCAGAGCAGCAUGGGAUACSUCUGUAGAUGGCUUUGCAGCGUAUGAAUUCAAAAACUUUUCUAUCUACGCUGUAGGUAUUGUUUUUGCUGUUUAUUGCGAGUAAAAAUAAAAAAAAAAUAAAAACAAAAAAUAGGCAGUCGAGGACGGUAUAUGACUCAGGCCAUCAAGUGAUUUAGUAACUUCGAAUARACUAUUUUCAGUAUACAACGUUCUCUGAAUUAUCUGUAUACGCUGCAAGGGAAUGGACGUGGKCUAUAAAUACACAAGAGCCGGUGAUUCCCAGGGGACAAGGAACCUAUUGUGAUAMGUGAUCAUUCCCGCCUCCCGUGAGGGCCUGACGUAGCGAGCCCUGUCCUGCUGCCUACAGUAAACAUAUCCAUCUGAAAGAUUUGAAAAAAGGAUUUUUAUCACGACAUUGAUUCCUUAGAGCUUUAAUUUGGCUCUAUAGUCAAAGACAUCUUUCUGCAUCUGUUGACUUAUAAACUCAUGAUCAAAUUCCGACGCGAACGGCUUCGAUAAAAUGUUUAUAUCAUUCAAACUGUAUUUUUACUAUAAUUCGCAUYAUUUUAGUUUUGCAUGCAAUAAAACUC